UCGACAUGCUGGCUGAACAGGCCACCAGAGGAACCGUGGGACCACCCUUUGAGAGUGAUUCAUUCACAGUACCAGUCAUUGGGACUGAUUCAGUAAUGAUCCCCGGCAUAUCUAGUUUACCUCGGAGUGACGGACUUGCAGGACCAGCCACCGGGACCGAUACUCUUAUGACUCCUGGCAUUCCCCGUGUACCUGAGGACGAUGGACUUGCAGGACCAGCCAUUGUGCCUGAUGCCACUACAGUUUCUGGGACCGAUAGUUUGCAUAAAAGCGGUGUCUCCCCGCCACAGCCGAGAGGUAUAACCGAUUUGCCUACAGGGGUUGAUAUACCCUCCAUGACUACUCCUGCCGUUAUCUCGGAGCCUGUCAGACCUCAGCCCAAGGGGACCUCCGUUGGCAUUGGUAUGCUCAGAAUUCUCCUUUAA